AUGGAAAAUGACCCUAACAAAAAAGAAUCGAAGGGUAAGAGACUUCUGAAGAAAGCGUUGAGACGAUCAAGCAAAACCAGCAAUAACAGUCAAAGCUCCACCGCGGACAGCAUCUCCGUGACGAGAUCGAAGAGUGAAAAUAAACGGCUCUCAGUCGAAAUCAAUGAUAGUGCUCCGCUGCCCACGCCGGACGGCACUAAACAAUCAGCUGAAAAUACCACGAGUUCAAAGUUUAAACCAGAAAAUAGAACGAGACCGUCGACCAGGCUGUCUCUAAGCCGCAACACUCCAAUCCGAGAGACAAAAUUGGAGAAAGUGGUCGAAAUACAAGAGGAACGGAACAUUUCAUAUCCGCCAGAUGAAACGGGCACUUCGAACGAUGCAAAGUUGAAAACAUCCCCUCGACUUAAAGAUGAGGGUCCGUUGGAAUUAGGUGGUGAUAAAAAGAACCUUAAGAGGAAAUUGGAAGACGAGAGCGGCGCGGGCACGAGUGCGGGCGCGUCGGACACUGACGCGGACGACAAGGACCCCAGCAAGGACAAGAAAAAGAAGAAUCGGUGCGCUGUCUGCCGCAAGAAGGUUGGACUUACAGGUUUCGAAUGCCGAUGUGGCGGCCUAUUCUGUGCGGUACACCGAUACAGCGACAAGCACGAUUGUUCCUUCGACUACCGGGAGCUCGGAGCGCAAGAGAUCCGGCGCAAUAACCCCGUGGUCGUCUCCCAGAAGAUCCACAAAAUAUGA